GGCCUUCGUGAGGAGAAGGUCGAAGUGCAGACUUUGCUGGCAACAUCCAAAGAGCUGGCACGGGCCGUGUCCAUCAAGAAGAAGGCUGUUCAGGAAGUGAGAAAGCUUUCCAAGCUCAGUGGAGAGGAGCCACAGCAGCUUGUCGGUGAAGAGGUCGCAAGCAUGGAGCCUUCCGCUUCAAGGUCAGAGAAGGGUGACCUAGCGGAUGACGGUGAGAAGCACAUGAGUGCAGGCGAAGUUGCUGCCAGGGACUUGCCGGCUCGAGGAAGGCGCGGCAGGAGGCUCUCCACCUCAAGAACCGCGACCUCUCAAGCAGAAUCAGCAGAAGCUCGUUCGGGCGCCGACGCAGAUCUCAGCGAAGAGGUCGAAGGGAAUGAAAGCUCGACCCGACCCACUGGCUCGCGACGGACCGGGCCUUCCAAAGCGAAAGAAGCGAAAGCGAAAGCAGCGAAAGCGGCACCGGCACAGGCCCAGGCCGCUCAGUCCCAGCAGUCCCAGGCCCAGGCUGAGGACGGCCAGCCACGAGCCAGAGCUAAGAGCAAGGAUGGCAAGGAUGGCAAGCUGCAGGGAGAGCGGGCUGGAGCGGAGAACUUCGAGACAGAGUCGCCUGCAGAAAGGGCAGUCACGUCAGCACCAUCCGCUCAGGAGAGGAGUGGCUCUGCGGCUGCAGGACGAGCGAGAUCGAAGGUAAAAAAUUCCGGCGACGACCCGAAUGACAAGAAGCUGAAGGCGGCUAACUUGGAAAAUCGGUCGGUGGCACGCAAAUUAAAUCAAAGACAGCAGGAGUUGGAGAAGCUCGCGAAGCAGGCUCUAGGGCGCAAGGCCACUGAGCCUCGAAAGCAAGACACUGACACUGAAGCAGGCUGGGAAAAGAAGAUCCACGGUAUGCAGGUCAGCAUGAGGAACGGGGCGAAAAUGGCGGACUUUUGGGAGGAGCGGCUGGGAGUUUGGCAUGAGGAGGUAGAAGCUCGUUGCGGGGAGGAGGUCUUGCUUGAGCUCCAGCGGCUGUCAGAGUUGAAGCCCCCGGAGCGAGAUUUGAUGCCUUUGCAGAUUGCACUGCUCAGGCGUGCAAGGACGGACAUGCAGAAUGUUGACAGGGUGCAGCAGGCUGGAACAGAUCUCAAGCAGCGCUUUGCUGCUGCAGUGGAGCAUGGAGAUGUGAACCUCAAGGAUCUUCAAAAGGAAGUGUCCAACAUGAUGAAGCGGCUCUCGGCGGACUUGUCACUGGGUCCUCCAGGCCCGUCCCUGACUGCAACCGCAGUAUCUUCUGGGACAGCUGGUACUUCCAGGUCCCCUGCAGGGCGUGUCGGCGAAGGUACAGCCGAUGCUACCGCUGCACGCAGGUCAGUCCGACAGUCCAUGAAGAGCCGGAAGACGGCCGUCGAGGCAGCUCGGGAGGCUUUGCGCCAACGUAUGGCAGGCGCGCAUGCAGCAAGAGGGCAGAGUCGAGGUCCUCAAGCGAGCUUUUUCGCCUCAAGCCAAGGGGUGAAGACGAUGCCCCUGACAGAUGUCAAGGAUCUGGGUUCCAGGAGGAGUCUGCACGCGAUGCGACAGCAGCUGGGAGUCAGGCGGACUCUCGUCGCCGACGAGGGCCUGAUGUGCCGUUCAACAGCCGCAAGUGCGUACUGCCAGCAAGUUCUUGGAGUCUGGCUUCGGCCGACCUUCAGGUUGGUGUCUGGCGGGCUUGCAAAGCGACUUCAAUAUUCUGCUGGGUGCAACCCAUCGAUCUCCACAGCCAUGGGCUUAAGUAUGUCACUGACGGUGCGAGCAGCGAUUGAGGUUAUCCUUCUGAUACAGAUUCCAAAAUGUCAACGGGUAACGUAUGGAUGA